UUUACCACAUUAUUCGCAUUCAACGGACCCAACAACUACUUCUUUGGCUGACUAUUAUGGUGAAAAUAUGCAUGCUGAAGAGACUCCAGACGAAAAUGAUAAUAAAAAUAUGACUAGUAACAGUGAUGGUGAAAAUAAAAUUAAUAAAACUGUUGAUUUUGAUGGAGAAAAUUGCGUCUUAGCCGAGGGGAAAGGAAUAGCUUUCAAAACAAAAAAUGGUGAAUUAGAAUAUGCAACUAAUGGAUCGAUAAAGGUUAGAGAAACCAAAGAUAAAGAAAUUAUCAACUUUUCAAUGGUAAAUAUUGAAAAUUUGUCCACUAAAAGAUGCGGUAUCGGAAAUUAUGAGCAAUUCUCCUAUUGUGCCCGAUUAAAAUUUUUUGGUUCUAAAGGAAUUGAUAUCGUCAAAAACAGUACGUUAUUUGAAAGGAACGACCCAAAAAGUAUUUCAGAAUAUAAAAAGAAUUAUAUGCAAGAUAUGGCCCUUGUAAUGAUUGAAGGUUGUGUAAUUUGUGGAAAUUCAAGUAAUCAGCCAAUCACUUUAAAAUUCAUUCAAUUACAUCCAAAAACAAUAAUUUUAAGCACACUUGACCUCGACUUGACAAAAUAUGAUAAUGGCUUUAUUGUUGGCGGUAUAGUUAGCGAACGGUGGGAAAAAUUAGAAAUAUUUUAUUAUUAUUUCUUUAAAGUCUCUGUCCUUCGCGUAAAUCUCUCGAAGAUGAAAUUGAAAUUGCGCCCCUUACGUAACUUUAGAUUAAGAUAUAUUUUUUAUUAUUCCAAAUUUAGAUAUAAACAUAAAUUCAAAAUUGAGAUUGAACAUAGCUGUGAAGGAGAAAAAACUAAACAUGUCAUCAACUUUGCAAGUGAAAUAGACAUAAAGAAUUUGACAUAUCAUGUCUUUGAAAUGCGAGGCUUAAGUAUUAAUUUAACUGGAAAUUCAACAGAAGAGACAUACGAUUGGGAAAAAACUGCGAAUGAAUAUUUUACUCCAAAAAAAGUUGAAGAAUUGAAAACGACGACAGAAAAAGUGCCUACAACAGAGACAAUCAACAAUACAACAGAAGCAACCAAUACGUCUACAACGGAGAAAAUUCCUCUUCCUCCAAAUGGGGUUGGUUUCGGUGGAAUAUAUGAUGAAGAUAAAGAGGGUGAGAAGAAGAAAGAAGAAGACAAGGAGGAUGAAAUUAAGCAGGGAGAGGAAAAUGUUCCGGAACGAAUCUAUUUUGAAGAAACUACUCUUUCGAAUGAUGAAGGCAAAGAAAAUGAACAAAAUAAAAAUGAUGAAAUGACUACAAGUAAACCUGAGGAAGUUAGUACCAAAAUUGAAGAAAUUAAUGAAGAGAAGGGAGAAGAGAAGGAAGAAAUUAAUGAGAAGCUUGAGGAGAAGAAUAAUGAAGAAAAGGAGGGAGGGAAUGAAAAUAAAGAAGAGGAAGAAAAAGAUGAUAAUGAAAGUAAGGAUGAAAUAAUAAAUAAAGGAAAUGAAGAAGAAAAUGAGGAGGAGGAGAAAAAGAAUCUUAAAGAAAAUGAAGGAGAGAAUUAA